AUGUUUGAUCCAUUAGUUGCGGAACGAGUAAUCCCUCAUUCGUCAAAUGUCUCAGCUUCGUCGAAGUCGAAUUCUGAUCCUGUUAGCGCAGUUUUAAGAAAUGCGGCUUUUGCGGA